AUGAAAACAACCCAGUUCUUGAGAGGGGGGAAGAGAAUUCCGAGCUCAACUGCAUCAUCCGCUGCCAUGGUAGCCAUUGCUGAUAGGAAGAGAAAGGUUCCGUCGGGUGGCUGCAGAAAUAAGUCUUAUGUUCCUAAGCGAUGGGUUCACAAGUUGAGGGCGCAGUGGAAGCAGACAAUAGGGUGGCAGAAGAGCAGCAGUUCUCAGUUCAGCUAUGACAUUUGUAGCUACUCUCUCAACUUUGACGAGGGUGGCUCUCUUGAUCAGGUCCUUAGAAGCCAUGUUUUGUAG